UUUUUUUUUGGAGACGCAAAUGCCAGAUGAAAAAUCGACGAGCGCCAAUAUAAACGUCCAUCUGAGAAUACAACAAAGGGAUCAUCGAGCAAAUAUUCAGGCGAAUUUAUGAACGCAUCGUUUAAUUCCAUUGUUUUAUUCGGGUAAAAGUUUGCAAGUGAUGUGCUUUCACCGCUUAUUUCCGUUAACCUGCGAGGAAAGUGCGCGCAGAGAUUACGGCGGAAAGUUGGUGAGCGACUAAUGGGUAUCAUUAACGAUUGCGUGGCCUAUUGUCACAAUGGAGAAAAUCAGAAGAUGACAGUUACUAACUUCGAGCUUAGAUGGACGCGGAUAAAAUGUCUUCACGCUUUGCCGAGAGAGCAACGGGCGCGUCCAAUAUAAAAGUACGUUGCUAUGCAGGCCGCAACGUUACUUCGACUUUAAACGUUCGAGUUAAACAUUUAGUUUUAUAUAUCGUUUUGAUAUUUCGAUUUGAAUAACAAAACGCCUCGAAGAUUGUCCUGGUAGAACAGUAUAACUGAGAUAUCGAGAAAAGAGAAAUUCGGUUGCACUUGGAGAUAAAUCGAGAAAAUGAUAUUCAUGAUUUAAGUGUCUUAAUUUAAAAGAUUUAUCUUUUAAUAAUAAAAAAAUAUUACCUUCGUUUUAAUAACGAGUGUCAUUAAGAAGAAUGAUGAUUAAUGAGAGAGUGUUUGUGCUGAUUGCACUGGUAAUCUACGGCGUGUGUGCUCGCACCGCCGACAAUCGAGAUUCUUAUAGAGAAGCCAAUGAUAAAAAGUAUUCCGGGUCCAUGUUGGCUGAAAUUGCAAAGGAAAUCAUGCAAAGAUCAACGACCAGUCAGGUGUUGAAUUUAAAUCUUUCAAACCUGCUGUUACUUUUGGUACUCAAAGCAGUUGUAUUUGGCGCUGGCUAUAUAGGAAAUCACGGAUACAAAGGACGUGAAUUAGAGGAUGAAAAUGUCGUGUCGGAAGGUGAGCUUUCGCUAGCUCUAGGAUAUUUAAUGGGUGAUACUUGUUUAUACAGAGCAGCUUGCGAAGCACCACAUGUCGCGAAACAAUAUCUUGGUGCGGCGGAAAUGCUCUUGCAAACAAUAAAGUUAAUACCACAAAGCUUACCUGUAGAACCCAAUUAUGAGAGGACAAUCGCAGAAUUCCGGAAGGCAAUUGAAUAUGGCAAUAUUGAGCGAUGUCCACCGGAAUACAGUUGCAAAAAAGAGAAUAUAAAUAAUUUCUUGCAAAGAGAAAAACGAUAACGCAAAUAUUAAUACCGUAUCUAUUUCAUAUUUUCUUCUCAUUCUCUUAUCAAGGUAUAAAAAUCGAAUGUUUUUAGAUAUAUCUUUUUAAAGAUAUUAAUUUUUUAUUAUAGAAAUUAUUUUACUUUUAUUAUUUU